AUGAGUCAAAGUAAUGGUCAAUCUCCUCAAAAUAUAAGUACAAUUGGGAAGAGUAAUUCCAUUCGAAGUAAUAAUGGAAAUUUAAAUAAUAAUCAUAAUCAUAAUCAAUCAUCAAUAAUUGAAGAUUCAAAUAGAACUCUAGCUAAUAAUAAUAAUGAAACUCCAAUUAAACCUAUUCAACGUGAUUUGUCACAAAGAUCAAUAAGACAAGUAUCACAAUCAACUCCAAAUACAACAAAUUCAAAUCAAAUACGACAACAACGUCAAUAUAAUUCAAAUAGACUUCCUUUAAAUCUGCCGUCACCAGGAGGUAAAAGAGCAUCACAAUCACCAAACCCUACAAAUGAUUCAAAACAACAUCUUAUACGACAAUUUAAAUUAAUAUCAGUAAAUUUUAAAGAAGCAGCAUUAGAUAGUCCAAGUUUUAGAGCAUCAACAAAUCAUUUAGAUUUACAAAUUAAUAAUAUUGAACAAUGGUUAAUUGCAUUAAAUUCUUCAAUAAAGAAAAUACCAAAAUAUGUUAAAGAAGUUGAAAUUUUUUGUAAUUCAUUUUUAGAACAUUUAGUUCCAAAUUUUUUACAAGAUGGUAUGAUUGAUCAAGAAUAUACUGUUAAAUCAUUAUAUGCAUCAUUAGAUGGAUUUAAAACUAUAUGGACAAAAUCUUUAUUUUCUUUAACUACUCCACCACAAAUUUUAAAUGAUUUAAAUAAUUUUAGAAAAAUUGAAAUUUCAAAUUAUAAAGAAUUAAGAAAUAAAUUCUUGAUAUAUCAAAAAAAAUAUGAUAAAUAUUUAAGUAUAUUUGUAAGUACUUCAAAAACAAAAGAUGCUAUAAUGGUAUUAGAAGAUGCUAAACAAUUAUAUGAAGUUAGAAAAGAAUAUAUUCAUAUAUCAUUAGAAUUAAUUGUUGAAUUACAAAAUUUAAGUCAAAAAUUAGAUAGAUUAUUAGUAUGUUUAAAUACAAAUUUAUGGCAAAAAAAAUGGAGUCAUUUUGCAAAUGAUAAUUUAUAUAAUUAUAAUAAUAUUAAGGAAUCUUGGGAUAUGGUUCAAAAAGUUCAAGCAUGGAGUGAUUCUUAUUCAAUAGCUAUAGAUAAAUUAAAAUAUGAUAUGAUAUCAGCUAAAAUCCAAGUUGAAGAAUCUUCUUUUUUACAAUUUCAACCUUCAAAUAAUAUACAUGAUUAUAAUGUAAAUAUUAUAAAUUAUAAAUCAUUACAAGAUAUAAAUGAAUUAAGUUUUGAAAAACAUGGAUAUUUAUUUAUGAAAACUUUUAUUGAAAAAUCAAAUAAACCAAAAUGGGAAAAAAGAUGGUGUUUUAUAAAAAAUGGAGUAUUUGGAAUGUUAGUAUUAAGUCCCAAUCAAACUUCUGUACAAGAAUCUGAUAAAUUUGGUAUAAUAUUAUGUAAUUUAAGAUAUUCACCAAAUGAAGAUAGAAGAUUUUGUUUUGAAUUAAAAACAAGUGAAAAUAAUUUAAUUUUACAAGCUGAAUCAUUAAUUGAAUUAAAAUCUUGGUUAAAAGUUUUUGCAAAUGAAAGAAAUAGAAUUACAAGUUUAUCACCAAAUGAUCCAUUAUUUAUUAUAGCAUCAAAUAGAUAUCCACCAAUUUUUUCAGAAUUUGCAUCAACUAUAAAUACUUUAAAAGAUCAAGAAAUUUCAAAUUUAAAAAUUAUAAAUUCAAAUAAUGAAAUUAUAAUUUCUUCAUCAUUAUCUAAAUUUUUAGAAAUUUUUGAUAAAGAAUAUGAUAGUAAAUGGUAUUAUAAAUUACCUCAAGUUUUUCCUCCUAUAUUAACAGAAACAACAAAAUUAGCUAUAGUUGCUUAUAGUACUAUUAGAGCAACAGAAUUACCUACAGCUUUAACUGCAAAUAUUUGGGGAUCAGUUAAUUGGGGAUUAUAUUAUUUAAAAGAUCGUUCAUCUUUGGGGAAUAAUAAUGACAAUAAGUUAAAGAACUUUCAAAUUAGAGAUGAAGAAAUGAUUAAAUUUCAACAAUUAAAUACAAAUAAUACUAUACCAUAUCCAUCAUUUUAUCCCAAUGAAUUAAUAAGUUUAGAUAUUCAAAUGAGAGCAUUAUUUGAAAAUAUUAUAGAACCAGGAGAAUAUUGUUUAAUGUCAUUUGGUUGUAUAUGGUCCCCCAAUUCAAAACAAGAAUUAAGUGGUAGAUGUUUUUUAACAAAUUAUCAUACUUAUUUUUAUAUGCAAGCUUUAGGAUUUGUUGCAUUAUAUAAAGGUCCAAUAGAAGAAUGUGUUUCUGUAGAAUAUGUAUCUCAAAAAAAUUUUGGUAUAUUAAAACUUUAUAAUGUUGAAGGAACUUUCAGAUUAAAAUUAUUUUUAGAAGAUGGUAUAUUAAUUCAACAAAAAUUUUUAUUUUUAAUAAAUAAUUUAGCAAGUGAUAAACCAAAAGGUUUAAAAGAAUCGUUAGAAAUUUUUAAACAAAUUGAAAAUAGAGUUCAUCAAGAUGAAGAAGAUAAUAAAAUUUUAAAAGAAAUUGAAUUGCUAAGUCAAAAAUUAUCAAAAAAGGCAUUACAAAGUAAUAGAUAUAGAUUUGGUGAACAUACAAUUUUAUCAAAUUCUUCAUCUAUCUCGCAAAAUAAUAGUGGAAAGGGAAUAACAAGACAAAUUGAUUUUACACCUGAAUAUAAAUUAAUAAGUACUAAAAUUUAUCCAAUACCACCAAAAGCUAUAUUUCAUGCGUUUUUAGGUGAUGAUUCAUCAAUGUUUAAAAAGGAAACAUCUAUAACAAAAUUUGCAAUUUUCAUGAAAAAACCAUGGAGAAGUAAAUAUGAUGGGAAAAUUUUAUAUAGACAUGCAAAUAUUCCAAUAUUAAUUAAUGGUUUAAAACAAAUUAUACAAAUAAAUCAAACAAUUGAAACAAUGGAUGAUAAUGAAUAUUAUUGUUUUACAAAUUCUGCAAAAAGAUUAAAAUUUUGUUUAGGUUCAUCAUUUGAAAAUGAAUUUAAAUUUAUAAUAACCCUGAUAAAUGGUAAAAAAUCUCAAAUUUAUUAUUAUUCCAAGAUAAAUUUUACAAAUUAUUCUAUAUGGAAUCCUUUAAUUCGUUUAAUUAUUUAUAGAAUUAAUAUUGAUCAAAUUUCAAAAUUUAAUAAAAGAUUAAAUACAAAAGUUAUAAAUGAUAUUGGACAUCAUGGACCAAUAGUUAAAUCUAUAUAUGUUUAUGGAAAAUUAAGUCAUACAAAUGAACCAGAUAUUCAAGAAAUUGAACCAUUAGUUAAAAUUGGAUUAUCAGUUUCUAUAAGUAUUUUUACGAAAAAAAUUAUAAAUUCAACUAAUGAAUUUAUAAAGUUGAUUUUUGAUAUAAUUUUAAAUAUUUUAAAAUUUAUUUUGGUAUAUAUUCAAAAAAAUCAAUUUUUAAUAUUAGUUAUAAUAGCAUUAACAUUAUCAAAUUUUUAUUUUUUUACAAGAUCUAGUAUAAAUUAUUGGACUGUUUAUAGAGGUAAUACAUUAGCUGAAGAAUUUAUACAAAAAAAUCCAUUAUUAUUACAAAGAACAGUUUAUUCACAAGAUAUAAGAGAUGAAUUUUUUAAACCUUUAAAUUUUGAUAAUUUAAUUUUUAAUAAUAAAUCAGUCAAAACAAACACUAAAUCAACAAAAUCAGAAUUAACUCAAAGUAAACCAUUUCAAUUUUUUAAAGAUCAAAGUUUUAUAUAUAAUUAUCAAAAUUUAUCAAUGUUAUUAAUUGAUGACUACUCACAUACAUAUUCUGAAAGAGAUUUUGAAAAUUUAAAUAAUUUAAAAAAUCAAUUUAAAAAUAUAGGUAAAAAAAGAUAUGAUUUAUUAAUUGAAUUAGAAAUUUUAAAUUUAAAAGAAAAUCAAUUAUUAAAAUCAAAUUUUUUUGAAUUUAUAUCAAAUGAAAUUUCAAAAUGUGAUUAUUUACAAAAAUUUUUAAUUAAAAAUGGUAGAAAAAAUCAUAAGAACAACAAGAAGAAGGAUCAAAAUUUAAUUAUCAAUGGGAAAGAUAUAAAUUUAAUUGAUGGAAUUGAUAAUAUUAUGGGUUAUUGUAGUGAUUGUAAACAAAUUUUAAAUGAUUUUGUAUAA